AUGCCAUCCGAUAUCAUCAUGGAAAAGCAGCUCGAGUGUGAACACCACGAUGUGUUGGAGACAUCCAAUAGCUCAUCCACCAUGGAUACUGCCUUGACGCCUGAAGAACUAGAGCAGGAGAAGAAGCUUGUUCGAAAGAUUGACUUGUACAUUCUGCCCUGUAUGUGGUUCAUGUAUUUGUUGUCGUACAUGGACAGAACCAAUAUUGGAAACGCCAAGAUUGCCGGGAUGGACAAGGACCUCGGCCUGGACUCGAACAAAUACUCCAUCGCCUUGACAGUCUUCUUCGUCAGCUAUGUCGUCUUUGAAGUGCCGUCAAACAUGAUUCUGACCAGAACUCGUCCGAGUCGCUACCUUGCGACCAUCAUGUUCCUGUGGGGCGGCGUCACCGUUGGCAUGGCCUUUACGCCCAACUACGGCGCCUUUGUUGCCUUUCGCUUCCUCAUGGGCCUCUUGGAGUCUGGGUUCGCGCCCGGCAUCCUCAUGAUUCUGUCCUCGUGGUAUCGCAAAGAGGAGCAAAGCCGGCGUUUUGCCGUGUACAUUUCUGCUGCCAUCUUAUCCGGCGCCUUUGGUGGCCUUCUUGCCGGCUCCAUUACGAGCGGCUUGCACGAUGCGCAUGGAAUACAGGGAUGGCGGUGGCUUUUCAUUGUCGAGGGUGUGGGCACCAUGAUUACGGCCGUCAUUGCCGUCUUUAUUAUUCCGGAUUUCCCUAGCAAUAUGUCGAAACGCAAGCUCAGCGUCGUGGAGAGAAGUUUGGCUAUUCGGAGACUUCAAGUCGAUGCUAGAAGUCACACCACCGAGGAACAGCCACAUUUGACUCACCUACAGGCAUUAAAGUUGAGUUUGACCAGCUGGAAAACAUUGUUACUUGUUGUUGGCUACAUGGCCAUCGUCGGGUCUUCCACUCUAUCUUACUUUUAUCCGACACUGGUCAAAGGCCUCGGAUAUGAACAAAAAGAAGCACAGUACAUGACUAUUCCCAUCUUUGGCGUUGCAUUUGUCACCACAGCCGUCAUAGGAUACGUUGCCGACAAAAACUCGAAAUGGCGCGGCGUAAUUCUCGGGGCCAUGAUGAGUGUUGCAAUGCUCUGCUCCAUUAUUAUAUGUGCCGUGUACAAUGUCAAGGCGAGAUAUGCCCUUCUUGUCAUCAUGGCCUCGGGGCUCUGGGCAUCGAAUGGUCUUGCGCUGUCGUACGCAUCGGUGACGUUUUCUUCAAUGCCCAACGAAGCGAAAGCAGUGUCACUGGCAUUGGUCAAUGCCAUGGGAAACCUGGCACAGAUUUACGGAGCCUACUUGUUUCCGGCAGAGGACGCUCCAAAGUAUCUUACCGGGUUUGGCGUCAUCAGCGGCCUGUGCUUGACUGGUGUGCUGGCAUACAUGGCGUUGCAUCUACUUCUUGGACGAGUUGCGAAGCGUAGUGCGAAAAACUGA